GCGCCUUUUAAGGUAGCCUCCCGAAGAAGUGGCGGGGCAUUUCCCGCCUGGCCAGGGGACGUGACGCCACGCGCAGCUUGAUGACGACAUUUCGGCGCUGGGUAGCCGAAUGGCGGCCUCCAUUCCUGAGUCGAGCAGCGCUAUGGGUCCCUCAGUGGUUUUAUAAGUCGGACGCUUUCAACGCUCCCCAGGAGGCUCCCAUGGCAUUCCCUCACCCGCAGCAACCCAGCUUCCUGCUGGCCAGCCUGAAAGCUGACUCUAUCAAUAAGCCCUUUGCACAGCGGUGCCAAGACUUGGUUAAAGUCAUUGAGGACUUUCCAGCAAAGGAGUUGCACGCCGUGUUCCCGUGGCUGGUGGAGAGCAUUUUUGGCAGCUUGGACGGUGUUCUGGUCGGGUGGAACCUCCGCUGCCUGCAGGGCCGGGUGAACCCUGUGGAGCACAGCAUCGCCAUGGAGUUUCUAGACCCUGGUGGCCCGAUGAUGAAGUUGGUCUAUAAACUUCAAGCUGAGGACUAUAAGUUUGACUUCCCCGUCUCUUACCUGCCUGGCCCCGUGAAGGCGUCCAUCCAGGAACGCGUGCUCCCCGACAGCCCUCUGUACCACAACAAGGUGCAGUUCCCCCCGGCCGGGGGCCUUGGCCUGCACCUGGCCCUCAACCCGUUCGAGUAUUACAUGUUCUUCUUUGCUUUGAGCCUCAUCACUCAGAAGCCGCUGCCCGGGGCCCUCCACGUCCGCACUUCAGACUGCGCCUAUUUCGUCCUGGUGGACAGGUACCUGUCAUGGUUCCUGCCCACGGAAGGCAGCGUGCUCCCCCCACUCUCCUCCAGCCCGGGGGGGCCCAGACCCUCACCAGCUCCCAGGACGCCAGCCGUGCCUUUUGCCUCCUACGGCCUGCAUCACACCAGUCUCCUGAAGCGACACAUCUCUCACCAGACGUCCGUGAACGCAGACCCCGCCUCCCACGAAAUCUGGAGGUCAGAGACGCUGCUCCAGGUUUUUGUUGAGAUGUGGCUUCAUCAUUACUCCUUGGAGAUGUACCAGAAGAUGCAGUCCCCGCACGCCAAGCUGGAGGUUCUGCACUACCGACUCAGUGUCUGCAGCGCCCUCCACAGCCCUGCCCAACCCAGCCUCCAGGCCCUCCACGCCCACCAAGAGUCCUUCAUGCCUACGGAGGAGCACGUGCUGGUGGUGCGGCUGCUGCUGAAACACCUGCAUGCCUUCGCCAACAGCCUGCGGCCCGAGCAGGCCUCCCCCUCCGCCCACUCCCAUGCCGCUAGCCCUCUGGAGGAGUUUAAACGGGCCGCCAUCCCCAGGUUUGUCCAGCAGAAGCUCUACCUCUUCCUGCAGCACUGCUUCGGCCACUGGCCCCUGGACGCAUCCUUCCGAGCUGUCUUGGAGAUGUGGCUGAGCUACCUGCAGCCCUGGAGGUAUGCGCCUGAGAAGCAGGCUCAGAGCAGCGACAGCCAGGCCCGGAGUGUGUCGGAGCGAUGGGCGCCCUUCGUGCAGGACAACCUGCUCCUGUACACCAAGCUCUUCCUGGGCUUCCUGAGCCGUGCGCUGCGCACCGACCUAGUCAGCCCCAAGAACGCGCUCAUGGUCUUCCGAGUGGCCAAGGUCUUCGCUCAGCCCAGCCUGGCCGAGAUGAUCCAGCGAGGUGAGCAGCUGUUCCUGGAGCCCGAGCUUGGCAUCCCCCACCGCCAGCACCGCCUCUUCACGGCACCUGCGCUCACCGGCAGCUUCCUGUCCUCGUGGCCACCAGCCAUCAGUGACACCUCCUUCAAGGUGAAGAGCCACGUGUACAGCCUGGAGGGCCAGGACUGCAAGUACACCCCAAUGUUCGGGCCCGAGGUCCGGACGCUGGUGCUGCGCCUGGCCCAGCUCAUCACGCAGGCCAAGCAGACCGCCAAGUCCCUCUCCGACCAGUACGGGGAGAGCACGGCCAGCCGCUCCUUCCUGUCCUGGCUGGGCUUCGGCCCCGCGGACCCCAACGGCUCCUACCCAGCCAACGACCUGGACGAGAUGGGGCAGGACAGCGUCCGCAAGACAGAUGAGUACCUGGAGAAGGCCCUGGAGUGCCUGUGCCAGGUGUUCCGGCUCAGCGAGGCCCAGCUGGCUCAGCUCACGCUCGCCCUGGGGACGACCCAGGAUGAGAGCGGCAAGAAGCAGCUGCCAGACUGCAUCGUGGGUGAGGACGGGCUCAUCCUGACGCCGCUGGGCCGGUACCAGAUCAUCAACGGCCUGAGGCGCUUCGAGGUCGAGUACCAGGGGGACUCGGAGCUGCAGCCCAUCCGCAGCUAUGAGGUCGCCAGCCUGGUCCGCCUGCUGUUCCGGCUCUCCUCCGCCAUCAACCGCAGGUUCGCAGGCCAGAUGGCAGCCCUAUGCUCGCGGGCUGACUUCCUCGGCAGCUUCUGUCGCUACCACCUCCUGGAGCCCGGGCUGUCGGACAGGCACCUGCUGAGCCCCGUGGGGCGGGGGCGGGCAGCCAGCCGUGCCCGGGGCCCCCGGCUCAGCCUGCGCUUCCUGGGCAGCUACCGGACGCUGCUGUCCCUUCUGCUGGCCUUCUUCGUGGCCUCUCUGUUCUGCGUCGGGCCCCUGCUCUGCACCCUGCUCCUCACACUCGGCUACGUCCUCUAUGCCCUGGCCAUGACGCUGCUGGCCGAGCGCGGCAAGCUGCACCAGCCCUGACUGCUGCCCAGCUGCUGUUCCCGGGUUCCCCUAGGCUGCUGGAGCCCCAGACCUGUCACCUUCACCCCAGCGGCAUUUCCUGCAGCCUCGGAACCAUCUGGGAGAACCUGGAAGGCUAGGCAGGGAGGGAGCUGUGUCCACAGGCCAUGAGCCCUGCAGGACGGGCAGUGUUGGGCAGACAGACAGCCUGCUGGCUGUGGGCCUUUCCCGGAGGCCCCGCCAUGAGCGGCCUUUCUCCUUUCACUCGUGACGCCGAGGAGCUCAGGGUGCCUUUGGCCUCAGCCCUCACUGACCUCAAGUGGGCAGUGUGACACCAGGACAGGAGCCCACCUCUGGCUCCAGAGGAGAACCAGCCCUAAAAGAGACACCUAAGAAAACAUGGUGGUUCUCUUCCGAUUCUGGGUUUUAAAGCUCAUUUUGUCGCAUUUGGCAAAGCAAGGGCCACCCUCCUCCACGUGCUCCCAGCAGCUCCAAGUCUGGGCCACAUGUCUGCUUUUCUGGGGAAGAGACCCUCCCGGAGCACAGACGCUCCGUGGGUCAGGGCCUGCCUGCACCUCCCUUCCGGCCCUGAGCCAUCAAGCAGGUCACUGCCUUGUCUGUGUGGACCCUGGUCCUGUGGGCAGGCGGAGGGGGCGUGGCAGGGUGCUGGCUUCCGGCCUACAACCAGAGAGGGUCGGAGACAAAGUCAAGUGGUUACAGACACAGCAACCUUUUGGUAGCAUGUAAAUAUUCGAAGUGCACGACAGUUACCUAUUCACUGUGAGUUAUCCUCACAGCAAGUCAGCGCACCUUUCACUGUACAGACAACCCCUGGGGGACAACAGUUCAACUGUCAUUUUUAAAAGCCUUUGUUUUUGGCAGGUGGUUUUUUUAAGUUUUAAAACCAUAAAUGUUGGGCUUUGUAUUUUGAUGUAAACCCUGAUGGCAUUUGGGGCCUGUGACCAAAAACCAACCAAACUUGUAACCAACCACGGAUCUGAAUAAACCCAUUCUUAGUCCCAA